AUGAGCAUGCUUUAUCUCUCUACCAGUUUUGGACUCGGGGCGCUGGCCUUUAGCUUGUCGUACUGGGCUCUACUCCAGUUGUUCGAGCAGGUCUGUUCUGCCUACUACGCACCCAACUGCGCGCCUGUCGGAACAUUCAGCUCGGCUCUCUCCAUUGCCACGUUCGUAGGCAUGAUUUACUACUACUCCAAGGUCGGGUUCAAGUUUGAAUCGAAAAAGGAUGAACCUAUUGCCCUCAUGUGGCUUGUGCUUGUCCUUAUGACCAUCAGUCGCAGCCAAGUAUUUUGGUGGUGA